AUGGAGCUAGAGGCCAUGAGGAGAUACACCAGCCCAGUGAACCCGGCUGUCUUCCCCCAUGUGACUGUGGCGCUGUUGGCCAUUGACAUGUUCUUCACCUCCUGGUUCUUCGUUUACAAGGUUACCUCCACCAAGUACACUCAUGAUGUCUAUAAAGAGCUCCUCAUCUCCUUUGUGGCCUCGCUCUCUCUGGGCUCUGGAGUCUUCUUGCUGUUCUGGGUUGGCAUCUACAUAUGA